AUGUCCAUCCCCCCGCCCCUCGCGUCCGCCGGAGGAGGAGCCCGCCGCAGACCCAAAAACCUGCCCAGUUUGCCCAUGUCCGCCUUCUCCCCGCCCAACACCGGCACCUCCGACAUGUUCCCCAUGCCCCCCACCCCCUCCGCCGUCUUCCCCGAGUCGAUCGUCGACGCGCACGCCACACCCGCGACCCUCGCCGAGCUCCGUGAGGAGGGCGCGGCAAGGUUGUUGGCGGAUAAGGUCAAGGGCGUUGUCCUUGUCUUAGAUGGCGACGGCAAGGCGAAGACGAGCGAGGAGGUGGAGGCGGCGCUGGCGCAACUGCAAAUAGACUUCCCCGUCCUCUCCGUGCUCGUGCCCUUCUCCCUCUCCGCGCCCCCACCCGCCGCGGGCGGCGUGCCCGCCUCCGCAAAGUACCCCACGACGCUAUACACGACCUUCAACGAGACCGCGCCCCAAGACGCGGCGGCGAUGGCGAAGACCCUCCGCUGGGCGCUACAGACCGCGCGCGUCGUCGACAUCGACGUGCAGGGCGACGCCAUGGCCAACGACGCCGCCGACAGAUUCGUCGCUCUCCUCACGGACGCGACCGAGGGGAUGCAGGCGAGCCCGCCGACGAUCGUGCUCUCAAACGUCUGCCCGCCCCCGCACGACCUCUCCCUCCCGAUCGUGAAGCUGAUGAACCACCCGACAUACCGCGCAUACCAGUCGCAGACCGCCACCCUCUCCUUCUUCCCCAAGCUGCACAUCAAGUUCACCCCGCCGAGCUGGGGCGCGCCCCUCCCGCCCCGCGGCACGCCGAGCGACCCGGGCGAGGAGGCGCUCGAGUGGAAGCGCAGGAUCAAGAUGUACAUCGGCCCCGUCCUCGAAGCCUUCGGCUACGAACGCAUCAUCUUCGGCACCGCGCCCUCCCCCGCGAACGCGAGCCUCAAUAACGCAAGCGUCUUCAUGGACUGGUACGCGCUCGUGCGCGAGUCCUUUGCCGAGCUCGCCGUCGAGCAGGAGGCGAUCGACGCCGUCUUUGCCGAGAACGCGAGGAGGGUGUACGGUACCGGCGCACCGUCGUCGUCAUGA